UUCAUAUUAUUAGGUUUAGUUUCAGUUUUCUAACAAUAGGUAAUUACAAGAUGCUUUGCACCAGAUGUGGUUUUCUUUCAAUUAGAAAAUUAUGAUGGCAAAGGAUUUGAAGGAGAAACAAAACUGUUAGAACCUUCGAUGGACGUGAGUGAUGAGCUACAAAAUGCUCCAGAAAUAAACUCUGAUCAGCUUCAACAAGAGCCUCCUGUUCAAUAUCCAGAUAGUGAUGGGCCUAAUUUUUUGCCCGAACAGUACGAGUUUGGCUAUGAAUUUGGCGAUUCUUCAGGAAGAUUGCAACAUCACAGAGAGAGGGCUGAUGGUACAGGACAUGUCUUGGGUAGAUAUGGGUACGUGAAUGAGUUUGGACUUUAUCGAACUGUGGAAUACAUUUCUGAUGCUAAAGGACUUAGAAUGAUUGUUCGGAGCAACGAGCCAGGGUUAAGCAAUCAGAACUCUGCCCAUGUGAAGUUUAUUGUUGAGCCGCCACCAGAGGCCAUUCUAAAACAACAGCGACUACUCAGAGAUACGAAUGUUGAUAUCUUGUAAAGUAAAAAAACAUCAGAAGUAACUUUUAGUGAUACGUAUUAUUAAUGAACAUAGUUAAAUUAAUUACUUUUUUUCCAAAAAAUAACCCGCAAAUCUUGUAACGCUGUUUUGAAAAGUUGCAAGUUAUCUAAUGAAUUUUAAAUAAUAUGAAAAUAUCCUGUACAUAAGUAAUAUAUUUUCUUUUAAUAAACAUAUGUAUCAUUUUGUAUAACAUUUGAGAAACAUUUUCAUUUAAUUCUUUAUUCUUUUGGGUUUAUAAAAAUAUGUGUGAUCAUUUAUUAAUUU